AUGUGGUACCUCAUCGCAGAGCUGCUCGCCUCGGGCGUGGCCAAGAUCGAGAAGCUGGAGGCCACGGCGCGAGAGGGCGAGGCAGCCGGCAGGGACGAGCGCGUGGCCGACGGCGGGCGCCCGGAGCCCGCGGCGUACGCGGUGCCAGCGCGCCGGCAGGCCCGCGGCACGCCGCCGGCGCGGCCGCCGCAGCGCGGCGAGGACGAUCGCGGCCACCUCGCUCUGAGCAUGUCCGACGCCUGGAGCCGCCUCUCCGUCGGCCGCGGCGCGCCCUGGCGGGCCAGCGCGGGCGGCCGCCGCGGGGGGCGCCUGGUCCGCUUCGGCGGCUCCGCGAGCAGCUGGAGUUCCAGAACGCGCAGAGCAUGGGCAAGAUCUCGCGCCUGA